AUUUUAAAAUAGUCUUCUAGUCUAGGAAUUUUCUUGUCUGAUUUGCCUCAGACUUUCCAGAAAAAUUCUACCUUGGCUUGAAGUUUGCACCUGGGAAAGUUCAAGGAAAUCUGUUUAGCUUUUGCUCUAUGAGGAAGGGAUUCUGCCAAAAUUAAGUUUUUUAUGAAAGGCUACUGGAAGUACAGAUAGACUAGUUUUGUCAUUACUAGGCAAUAUUAGUGUACAAUCAGUCUCAUGAAGAAAAAAUAUGACUAAAUGGAUUUUAUAUUCCUUAUAAAAAUGAUUUUUUUGUUUCUUCUUUGGCUGCUCAGGGUAGAAUGCUCACUGCUAAUCCAUUAUGUUUAAUUUUGUGAGUCACUUCUUGUGUGCACAUUUCCUGUACAUCUUGAACAAAACCAUGCAAAAAGAUGAGCAAAGAAUUAGGAGAAAAUUAUAAAUGGAUCCAUGUGACUGCCUUUUCUACAGAUAUUUCUUUUUCUUCCCUUACUUGAGAAGUUGAGAGGGAAUGCAGGGCCAUGCAGUGUUUGUUAAAGCUGAUGGAAUAUCUUUCUCCCUCUGGGUAUUUCUUUAAUCAAUGUUUCUUUAUACCAUUAGGUCAUCUCCUCUUUUUUUCAUGUUUUUUUUUUCUUUUUUUUCUGAAGAAGCCUUGUUUUGUACAUUUCCGUACAUCUUGACGUUUAUUCUCAGAAUUAUGGCCUGAUCACUUCCUCUCUUUUCCUCAAAAUUUCUCUCGUUUUUAUCUAUUUUAAGUGCCAGAGCACAAAGAUAACCCCAUCAUAGUUCUCUCAUUUUCCCCAGCAGUUCCCCCCCGCCUCUCCCCCGGCCUUUCCCUCCCUGCAAUGAAAAAAAUGAAAGGUCUCAUGGUCUUACAGAUUUUCUUUAUGCUUAUUUUGGCCUACUUGCAACCCAAAUACAUCAUCACGCUAUAAGACGGCUCUCUAAGGCUCUUGGAUCAAUUAAAGGUAGCCCUAUUCAUUGCCAGUACAAACCUUUGCCUAUUAACUCCUUCAAAGGGCAUUUGUCAUCUCAAAAAGCUGUGAAUGCCGUCUGGGUACAUUGAUUAAAAACAGGUAUUGUUUUAAGGCUGCUGAAUAUCUUAAUUAGUUGUAAUCAGAGGGUAGCUUGUGUCUGUGAAGUGAUACAGUUACCUUUCACCCACUAGCUUUAUUUUCUGUGGUUUUAAAAGGGAGAAAAUAAAAAUAAAUCUCAAAUGUACCUCAAGAAUACUGUUUUUAGGGUACGAGAGGAGCGCACUUGCUGAUCAAACUGUAAUUUAUGACAUUAUUUUGCAAAGGCAAAUAUUGAAUGUGGUAACCCAGAAUGCAUCUCGUUGGCCUACGACCAGCCAAGAGCGGGUAAGUGGAGCUGCUCGCUGCCAGCAGUCAUCCUCCUUUUCUUCCCUCAGAAAUCCAGGGUCUGUGUCCUGGAAAUGGAGAAAUCUACCCCAGUUCUUCAAGUGCUUGCACGUGUGCUGAGCUUGAGCCCGUGAAUCAUCCAUUAAUGCAGGGCAUGCACAGCCCUGUUUGGCGCAUCAAGGUAGAACAAGGUAACAUUUUUUCAGAUCAGUGGUUCAUUUUUGCCAUAAUUGUCUCAAAUGAAUGCGUCCUAAAGCUCUGGCAAGUAGUUUUAGCUGGCAAAAUGUCUUGCUCUGCUGUUCACUGAAUCAAAGCAUUUCUUUCAGUAGUUAAUCGUAAAAAUUCAUUUUUUAUCUAAGGAGAGACCCUUUUGAAAAUGAAAAUCAAUACUUUUUUCUUCCUUGGACCUCGUGAAAAGUUUUGUUGGUGCAUAUUACUUUCUUGGUUUAUUUUUCUGAGAAAGCAACACAGUUUAUAUUUCAUUUAAAUGCAUUUUGCUAAAAUAAAAUGGUUUUUUUCUGUACAUCUAAUGGAGGCAUCAGGGUAUAGGCAGAACCCUUCCAGUCAUGUCUUGAUGGUACAGCAAUGGCUUUCAUCCUUUGCCCCCUGCUCUCUGGAGAUGCAUUUCCAGAGGAGAUGAUUUGGGGAUAUAUGUGCUUUUCUUUCUAUAUUUGUGCAAAUAUCUUCUUACAGGUCAGAAAAAAACACUUGACCAAAAAAAAUCUGAGUCACACUUGGUAAAAUGUGUGCUUUUGUGCUUGAUUAAGAUGCUUAUAGUAAUAAUGGUAAAUAGAAUUGUUUCAUUGUGGGAAAGGAAGGGGACACAAAUGGUGUUUUACAGGGAGUCCCCCUUUACCUGGGACAAAAAUUCUUUAGAAAACACCUAACUCACUAACCACGUGUAUCAAACUGCUGGUGCAGUUUGGUCACCUGGAAAGCAGGGCAGUGCCAUGGCUGGGAACCGGCAGACAAACAAAUCCCCAACACUCACACUCAACCUGUGGCUUACUUGGUGAAUUUUAUUACAGGAAAUCCAGGCACAGAUUCUCAAGGUAACGUGGCAAAGUCAUGUAAAUGCAAGUGGUGCUGUGCUCAGCCUCUUAUUUUCCAGUGGAUAAGUGUGCUGGACAAUGGAUGGCUGGAAGUUAGAAUAUGUUUAUGAUUUACCUAUUUUUUUUUUUUCAGAAGCCACGCUCUUGUAUCACUGGACAGUUUCACUCUACAUGUCUAGAUUCAGCAAGAAGUACUUCAUCUCUCUUUUUUUUUAAAUUUUAUUUUUACUGAAACGCUUCAGAAAAUCUAGUUCUGUCUUCAAAUCACUGUAUAGACAAGAAGCUAUCAGAAUCUCUGUUUCACAGGUCAUGUUCUAAUCACAUUCCUAGGAAGAAAUUCCUGUAAGUGAAAGGGAACCAAAAUAUCUACUGCUAAGUAUGGCCACAUCCAGCAGCAUAUGGAGGUGAUCAUGGAAUGGCAGCUCCAUAACUGCAGAGGUCUCAUCAAGUCUGUAUUUUGAAAUACGGAUAUCUUCAGGUAAUGACUUUUAAGACUGAUUUAUAAGUUUUUGCUUCAUUUUCUCCUAACCCUUUCCCCUCACUUUCAUUAUGUUGUUGUUUUUUUUUUUUCCCUGCAAUCUGUGCCCUUUCUUUUGCAAUUGAAUUUUGGUUUUGACUGCGAGGCCUUUGAGGAUGAGCUGGAGUUUUACAAAUACUUCUGGUUUUAUGGACACUGAAAUUAGUCUUGAGGGAAGAAAUAUGUAAUAAAUGUGGUAACUUAUUUCUGUCCUUGUUUUUCUUGGUCGUGGAAACGGGCAUGUUGAACCGACUGUGGUGGGAUUCUGCUGGGGAUUUUCCAGUAGAAAAGCAGUGGGGCAGGUGUUGACUUUGCUUUGGCUCCAUGCAACAUGGAACGAUCUUGAUAUGUGCGUGUUAUCACAACUUAUUUGAAGCAGGAGUUGGCUUUGAAUGUCAGGUUUUGUCCUCUAAAGCUGUGAAGACCUUGAUCUGGCUCUUUUGAACUGGCAUUUUGUUUCCAGUGUGAUGUGGAAUGCUUGUUCAGGAGAUUUCACAUAUGCAAACUGGAGCAAGGUGCCUUUUUGACUCUGAUAACUCUAGAAGGCACAUGAUUCUGAGGGAUAAGUGCUGGUCUUGAAUUUUUCUUUUUCUCUUAACAAAGAACUGGGAACUUCUUGUUAGCCAUGCCAACUACUGCAACUAUUUGCUGUUUUCAUUUGUAACAUAUCCUGAGUUUUGAAUGCGUGGCAAAAUGCAGUAAGUAAAAUAUUCUAUUUUUUAAUUUUAAUUUAUUAAUGUUUUGGGAUAUAUUUCAAACUGAUGGCAACAGGGGGUGUUUUGUGAUUGAUUAUUGUUGUAUUCUCUGCUUUGUCACGUGUAGCUACACUUGAUAUUUUGAAAUUUUAGGAAUGUAGCGAUAUUUUAGGAGAUAGACUGCUUUGUAGGGGAACUGGAAAAUUAGAUGUGAAACCUGUUGCCUUACAUUUUAAAGUCAACAAAACUGCAUAAUACAUAAUUAUUUUUGCCAAACUACCCUUCAAUGGGCACUGAUUACCAGGAUAAUUAAUUAUGUACUAAUUUUAAAAAAAAUACGGAAUUUUAAAAAUAGUUCCAAAUUAGAGGAUUUUUUAAUAAAUAGUUGUAACAGAACAGGGUAAUAAUGUCGGUUAUGUGAUGAAAACAUAUGUUAGUAAUAAAAUAUCAUCCAUCAGGAAUACUGUUCUAUCAUGCCAUUGCUCUCUAGGGAGAUGACUAGUUGAGAAGUGAUUUUAACAAAAUAAACUCUGAACAGAGAGGAUGCUUUUAUUGGUGAUACGACACACGUUCUUCCAAAAGGCAAAUCAUUAAAAAAACGGUGCCAGGAACAUCUGUUGUGUGAAAAAGUAAAACUUUGGAAAAUCCAAAUAGUGAUUAUCGAUAUAUAGGCUUUGCAUAGUGCUUUUCCUCGCUCGUUCCCAAAAGGCUUUACAAAGAAAGGAAGAACGACCAUCCAUGUUAAACUGCCUUUUCCCAAACCCGGCCGCGCCAGUUUUCAUCUGGCAUGUAGAUUCGUCCUGCUUGUGCUGUGCCACGGAUUUUCUGUGGGAGGAAAUCUGCCCUAAGAAGCGAAAUCCAAGCAGGAAAGCGCUGUCCUUCCAUGCCCAGCAGCAUUCCUCCGUGUGAACAGACGCAGCCCCGCCAGGGAGUGCCAAGCCGACAGCCGUGGCAUGCGGAGCUGCCAUUCCCCGGCUUUGUGUGAGCCUGUCCCCAGCCUGUCCCGGUGCCAGGCGCCAGGGAUGUGCUCUUUCUGUUCCGCCUUUGACACCUCUCAGGCAACACAGGGCUGAGAAGCACUUGUGAGCCCCGGGGAGGAGGCACCUGUUCACUUGGCACCGGGAUGAACCCCCCAGUUCAUUCCUCACGUGCCCUUAAGUAGCCGCCGGGCUUGUGUCUGCGGAUGGAUUGGGCUGGAGCUGGUGGCCAGGGCAUGGGAUGUGCUGGAUUACGUGACAGCCCCACUAGCUCACGUGGGAAUUGGUUAAAAUCCUGCUGGUGGUUUCCAGCAAUCCAGCAGGAUUGCACCGGGGGGAAGGAAGAUGGUUGUCACCAAAGAUGAACUUUCAGGUGCAUCCAGUGACAUCCAUCCAGGUGGACAGAUAUUUUUUGUGGAUAAAGGCAGAUGUCAUUGCCUCAACCAGUACAUUUACUAUUUUAUGUUAUUAGCUAAUUAUGUAUUACUAUUAUAAUUAUUGUGUUACUGGCUGAUGUUAUUAGCUGUUAUUUUACAGCUGCAAAGUGAGCCAGCUGCCCAAGUGUGUAUGUAAUGUAGAGCCCCUGGCUGGAGCUGACAGUGGUUGUGUUGUAGCAGGUAGUCACUGAACAGUUUGUCAAACUGUUUUUCCUGCUGAAAUCCUCUUCAGGUGAGAUGAUGAUUUCCUUCUUCUCCUCUGUGUGGAUGUCGGUCUCAUAAAAAAGAAACAGGUUAGAGAACCAGCUGUCAGGAAUGGCGUAGUUGAUCUUGCUUUAGGGCAAGCUGACAGACCUCUUGGGUCCAUUUCAUCCUUUUUCCUGUGACUGUAGGUGGCCCCAGUAACAUAUAUAUGUGUAUAUAUGUUUGUUCUCUCCAGCCUGCUGCAUUUUUUCAGCAAACAUCUUUGCUAGUUGAAAGGAGCAGUCCCUUUAAACUCAGCGUCUUUUGAGAUCCGUAGGUAUAAAAAAGACGCUCAUUGUUCAGUGUACAUCCACAAAGAUUCCUUCUUAAUCCUGACUGUGUGUACCCAUCCCUUGGUUGAGCCUUCCUGUGCAGAGGAAUUUGAGUGGAUUCACAUUCCUUCAUAAAUGCAUGUAGGGUAAUGCAUCAGACUUUCUUUCCCUCUAAGCAUUCUGAUCAGUUCUGACACUUUCCAACUCCAUUAAAAAAUCCAUGUGGCAGGUGAGAGAACCCAUUAGUGCAAAGAAACUCCUGAAACCCCUCAGAGUAUUUGCUUUGCUGUGCCUUUUAACUGUUUACAAAGCCCAGGGCUUUGCUUCUGAUACACAGUCAAUAAAAGGGAACAGGCUAUUUUUAUUUUUAAUUGCAACGUAAAUGUAUGUGUUAGCCUUGUAGAAGGCAAUGUGUUGACUCUCAUGAGGUUACCCCAAUCAAGGACAAAUUUGACCAGAAAAUGGCACUUUGAGAGAAUAUUGGCAGUCAGUAUUUUGGUAUGACAUUUGGUUUAAUGCAGAAUUUUUGAAAAUCAGGGAAGCAGCCAGGCUAUUGCUUGGACCACAUCCAAGUCCUUUCACUUACUGCUGAUCCUUCCCUUUUCUGCCUUCACAGCUCUACUUGUCCAGGCCCAGGCAAGGAAUUGCUUAAACAUCUAUAAAAGUUCCUUGUUUUCUUCUUGAACUGGAUCCUGGAGUUGUACUAGUUCUGACGAGGCCUUGGCAUCUACAAGGACCUCAAGGCGGAAAGUGCGGUUUCUGGGGAAAGGAGCUUGCUGGUGGAGUAAGUUUGAAAAGAUCGUAGCAGUUCCAGUAAUUACUCAUUUCAUCAACCUAUCUAUAUUUAAAGGGGAAAAUAAAAAAAAAAACCCACGCUCCUCCAGUGUUGUUUCCUGCAAAGACCAUUCUUAAGAGCUCGUUGGACAGCGCAGGACUCUUGAAGUGAUAGCUAAUUGGUGAAAGAAAGGCCCUGAUUGUCUUGAGGGAGCUGGAAAGUGCUGCGUGUGCUGCUGAAAGGGACUAGGGAGAAGGUGCCUGGUUUCGCUGAGCAGCUGCUGCUGGAGAUGUUUGGAGAUUACAUCAGCAUUGGAAAAAAGGGGCAAAAAAAAAAAAGAAAAGUCCAACUUCACAGAGACGGAGUUUAUGGAGGUUCCCCCCCCCCCCUUCCAAAGGUCUUCUGACAAUACUGUCAUUGUCAAUAUAAGAGUUGUUAAUUCUUUAUGAAUAGCACAUGGGGCCUCUUGACUAAAUAGUACGUUACAUGUCCCAAAUCUGUCAGCUGGACUCUUCUCUCACAUGCUAGUGAGAUCACUUUGAUUGGAAUGUUAGAGGAAUUGCUGGGCUGGCCGUGCAGAACUGAAUACUGCAUUAUAUAAUUAGAUCUCCCAGAGUAUUUUUUUUCACAUUACCUCAUUAUUCUAGCUUAAAUAUGGAAUCGGCCCUUUUGAUGAUUUUGCUGGUUAUAAUUAUAUUAAUACGAUUCAUUUUGUGGUCCUGCCUUAGUGCUUAUAUAGAUUAUAAGCUGUCCCGAAGGUUUCCUGACACAAGGAAAGAGGACUGAGAGACUUCAAAAGGCUUCUUCAGAUUUGAAUUGACAAUGGGGAGAACUGGAUAAGGUAAAUGGAGCUAGAGCAGCUCUUACCUUGGGAUCUGAUGAGAGAGAAAUGACGUGUCGAGACUGCAACCGAGUGAAGAUCCUUCAGAAAGCCACGUGCUGACAGAGGGGAAGGAGUGACAACUGACUGAGUCAAAUGACUUCCUCUCCAGCUUGGGCAUGGAUUUAUUGUUGGGAACAGACUUGUGGACUUUUGCCAAUUAAAUGAUUUGAACAAGCUGGGGGGAAUCCUAUUGCUGGGCAGUCCAAGAGUGCCAGUGGCCCAGCCUUGAUACGUGAGAUGUGGUGUGUGGUGCCUGCUGGACAAACUGAUGCUCUGCACAUUCAGGUGUCAGCUGGCAGGAGUGAGUUCUGACACCAAAGCCCUGCAAGGUACCUUCAUUUCCAGCCUUAAAUAAAGACCUUACUAGAGCAUGGAAGGAUUUGACUACGUGUCCAAGGCCAUAGUGACUUAGGAUUUUUUGGUUAACUUACCUUGCAAAAGGAGGUAAACUGUUCCAAGUGAACUGUCUCCUUUUAGAUGGCAGUUAUACUAAGCCAAACAUCCUAUAUCUUACCACAUACCCAACUCAAUUUGACAUCUGCUUUUAAGAACUGAAUUUUCUACUGUAAAAAUAGAAAGACUGUAUUGCUUUGCCUGAGGCCCAGUCACCUUUCUUUUAAAAAAAAAUAAAAAUAAAAAGUUUUUUUUAGUUGAUAAAUUUCUAUGUCAUGUAAAAGUGAAGGUUGCCACUUUGUGUACUUAAUUCUGUAUCUCUUGGUAGCUCACAUGGUGAUGUCAGAGUUCAGCUACAGUAUUCCCAUCCAAAUUUUCUGGCCCAUUCACGUCUCUCACCUUCCUACAGUCUCGUCAUUAAUAACUGUUAAUCAGCCCUUAUCAUUUUGUGUUCUGAAGCCUCCUAAAACUCAGAUGGGAGAGCUGGGCUGUGCUUAUGCAGCAGAACAGGGUAAAUGUCAGGUCUAUUGAUUUCAGCCUCAGAUUUUAUUUAUGGUGGAUGGCCAAUGUACUAAACAGCCUGCAAUGCCUGAAAUGCAUGUCAUUGACUUGAAAUCCAGCCAGAUGACAAUAAAUUAAAUGUAGAUGGAACUA